AUGCAAAACCAGCUUGCUACUGCUACCAGGACCAACAUUGGCGGAGAUGACACUGACAUGUUGCCUAUCGUGUGUGACAACGGAACUGGAAUGGUCAAGGCGGGACUAGCUGGAGACGAUGCACCAAGAGCUGUGUUUCCAAGCAUCGUUGGCAGUCCACGAGACAUGGGAGGGAUGCUUGGAAUGUCUCAGAAGCAGUCCUAUGUGGGAAAAGAAGCUUACGCCAUGAGAGAUACUCUAACACUUGAAUACCCAAUCGAUCGUGGUAUCAUUAACAAUUGGGAUGCCAUGGAGAUGAUUUGGCACCAUACUUUCUACAAUGAGCUACGUGUGGCGCCUGAAGAACAUCCUGUGCUUCUCACUGAUGCUCCUCUAAACCCAAAGGCUAAUCGGGAGAAGAUGACUCAGAUCAUGUUUGAGAUCUUUAACGUUCCUAAAUUAUACGUUGCCCUUCAAGCCGUUCUCUCUCUCUAUGCCAGUGGUCGUACUACAGGUAUUGUGGUGGAAUCAGGAGAUGGUGUAAGCCAAGCAGUUCCCAUCUACGAAGGUUUCGUAGUCUCAGAGGCGAUCUUGCGUCUAGACCUAGCAGGCCGUGACAUCACCAACUACCUCACCAAGAUCAUGAAUGAACGUGGCUACACGACAACCGCCGAGCGUGAGAUUGUCAGAGACAUCAAAGAGAAACUAGGUUACGUAGCUCUUGACCACAGCCAAGAAAUGGAGGAAGCUAAUGCUAGCUCGGUUAUCGAUAGAACCUACAAGCUUCCAGAUGGUCAAGUGAUCACAUUAGGAGCCGAGAGAUUCAGGUGUGCUGAGGUUCUUUUUCAGCCCUCCUUGGUGGAGAUGCAAACUUGUGGUAUUCAUGAGAUGGCUUAUAAUUCAAUCAUGAAGUGUGGUAUUGACACAAGGAAGGAUUUGUUUGGAGACAUUGUGUUGAGCGGUGGCACAACGAUGUUCCCUGGCUUUGCUGACAGGAUGCUCAAAGAGAUCGGUGCGCUUGCACCUGAUAGCAUGAAGCUUAAAGUUGUGGCUCCUCCUGAAAGGGCGAACAGUGUUUGGAUUGGAGGCUCCAUUUUGGCUUCUUUAGACAGUUUUCAACAGAUGUGGGUGACUAAGGCUGAGUAUGACGAAAACGGACCAGGCAUUAUUCACAGAAAAUGUUUCUACUAA